CGCUGUUGCAUUCCCACUGACGCACAUUUUUGUUUAUAAUUAUUUAAAUUCAUUUAAAUUUUUGUGAAGUUAGUUGAAUCUGAGCAGAAAAGAUGUCCUUUUCGUUUACGCCCACAACCAAUGCCGGAAUUGGAGGCGCAGCACCCGCAGCGAGUGGCUUCGGCGGUUUUGGCGCGCGUCCAGCGACAACAACAGCACCGCCUCCGGCAUUUGGAGCAACCGCAGCACCAGCCUUUGGACAAGCUGCAGGAGGAUCGCCGUUCGGACAGGCACCAGCGACCUCAGCCUUUGGACAGGCACCAGCAACCUCAGCUUUCGGACAGGCACCCACGUCUUUGGGAUUCGCAGCAGCCACAGCAGCACAGCCAGGAUUUGGAGCCCCUACCGCACAGCCAGGAUUUGGAGCACCCACAGCUCAGCCAGGAUUUGGAGCACCCACGGCACAGCCAGUAUUUGGAGCACCAGCAGCAGCUCCAGCAUUCGGAGCCGCUACAACAGCGUCGCCGUUCGGCCAAGCAGCUCCUGCCGUUGUCACCGUAGCGCCCACAUUCUCCUUUGCGCCGCCGGCCACGAGUGCUCCGACCACGGCACCGCCUGCUUUUGGCUUUGGCAGCACAGCCACCACCGCACCGGCCACUUCAGUUGGCAUGCCACCAGCUCUGACUGCGGGCAUUGGUUCCUUUGCGUUCGCAAAGCCGCAGGCCACGACGGCGGCCAGUCUGAACUUCAACACAAAUACCACGACGGCCACGGCUCAGCCUUUUAACACAGGCCUGCGGCUAGGCGGCACCACGUCUGCCGUGGGGAGUGGAAUCUUUGGCAAACCGACUGGCCAGCAGCCGACAGCUACCGCCACAUUUGUGGGACUGGGCGGCAUCGAUGUGAGCGCCACGCAGCCCAAGCUGGGAGACAACAAAAAGGAUGGCAUCAAGAUCAAGGAAACACAAGUGCCCGAUGAGAUCGUCAAGACAGUGGAGGCUUUGAAGGUGUACAUUAAGCAGCAGAAGACCACCUCCUCGGACAUUGGACGAACGUCCACUUCAAAGUUCUCGAAUGUGACGCACGAGAUCACGAGCCUCGCGUGGGCGCUGCAGAACAUGGCCAACUCGGUGGACACCAAUAAUCAGCAGAUCAAGCUGCUGCGCAUGGAGACGGCCAAGGCCAUACAGUCCCUGGAGAUGGCACAGCGGACGCAGGAUACGCCCAUUGGGCUGCAGUACGAGAACAAUGCGCCGUUCCAGUACUUUCAGUGUCUGGUGGUCAAGUACGAGCAGGAUUUGAUUGCCUUUCGGGAGCAGAUUACGCUCACCGAGCGGCACAUGCACGCCCUGGCCAAUCCGCAGAGCAUUGCGCCCGAGGAUCUUACGCGCGGCUUCCGGCAACUGAGCGAGGCCUUCAUCUCGCUGGCAGGACGCCUGCACGAGCUCCACCAGCGCGUGGAGGAGCAGAAGGAGCUGUAUUUGAAUCUGCGCCGCUACAAACUGCGCGACGCCACCAAUGUCUUCGAGAAGAUUGACAAUCCACCACCGCCGGCUGUCGAGCCACAGCGAAUCAGCAGUGGGCCGACGCCAUUCUCCAACAUCUCGGCCAUUAGCAGCCUGAACAAAUCGUAUGCCUCGGCGGCGGCGGCAUCCUCCAGCAAUGCGGCAGCCAAGUGAAGCUUCCACGAAUGCUUCCUUGUGUUGAAAUAAAUCAUCGUUAAAUAUAAAGCGAAAAGUAAAAGUGUU